GCGCCGGGCGAGGGGGGCGGGGCACCUGCGCAUAGUCGGCCCCGCCUUCGGGUUGCGCGGGGGCGGGGCUGGAAGUGACGCAGCGGGGCGGGGCGCGAGGCGCUUAUGGCGACGGCCCGGUGUUGAAGUCCGCGCAGCUACAUCAAGGACUACACCUUCCCGUCUGCUUUCUCUGCCAUAACAUAGCGAGGACAUCAGCCCUACUAGUCUCCUUUCCAGAUAUAGAAGAGCAACAACCAGAAGGAGUUUUAGGAUCAGUCAUGUCAUCCUUUCAAGAAGUUCCAUCUUCAAGUAAUGCUUUGCAGACUUCCAACUUUGCACAUGUGAUCUUUCAAAAUGUGGCGAAGAGUUAUCUUCCUAAUGCACACCUUGAAUGCCAUUAUACUCUGACACAAUAUAUCCAUCCUCACCAGAAAGAUUGGGUUGGUAUUUUCAAGGUUGGCUGGAGUACUGCACGAGAUUAUUAUACGUUUCUGUGGUCACCAAUGCCGGAAAAUUACGUGCAAGGAUCAACUGUUAACUGUGUGCUGACUUUUCAAGGAUAUUAUCUACCAAAUGAUGAUGGAGAAUUUUACCAGUUCUGUUAUGUAACCCAUAAGGGUGAGAUCCGUGGAGCAAGCACUCCUUUUCAGUUUCGAACCUCUUCCCCUAUUGAAGAAUUGCUAACCAUGGAAGAUGAAGGAAAUUCUGAUAUGUUGGUGGUGACCACUAAAGCUGGACUUCUUGAGUUUAAAAUCGAAAAAACAAUGAAAGAAAAAGAAGAGUUGUUAAAGAUAACUGCUUCUCUGGAAAAAGAAACAACACAACUGAGAGAUCAAGUUGAAAGACUGGAAAAAGAACUUAACCAUGAAAAGCAGAGAUGUGACCAACUGCAGACAGAGCAAAAGGGCAAUAUUCAAACAUCAGAAACUUUGAAAACUGAAAAUGAAGAGCUAAAGAAAAAGAAAGAUGAAACCACUUCAAAGGUUCUCCAACUUGAAGAAGAUCUUGUGUCUGUUACUCAAAAAGCAAUUGAAAAAGAAACAGAGUUAGACAGUUGGAAAGACAAGCUGAAGAAAUUAGUCCUUGAGAAAGAACAACUUGAAUGUCAGUUAAAGACAGAAAAAGAUGAGAAGGAGCUUUAUAAGAUGCACUUGAAGAAUACAGAAAUAGAAAACACCAAGCUAGUAAAAGAGAUCCAGGCAUUAAAGAAUUUGGAUGCAAAUAAAGAAAACUUGAUAUCCUAUUACAAAGACGAGGUUGGCAAACUACAGAUGUGUGUGGCUGAAAAAGAAAACGUGAAGAAAACAUUCUUGCUUUCGUCAACGAGCAAGGAGGAUGUAAGCAUUUUAAAGGAACAGCUCCGGAAAGCUGAAGAUGAAAUUCAAGGUAGCAGACAGGAAGCUGCCUUAAAGUCAAAAGAGUUGAGUGAUGCAGUAAAUGUUCGAGACAAGACCAUGGCUGAUCUUCACAGUGCUCGUCUGGAAAAUGAAAAAUUGAAGCAGCAGCUUGCUGAUGCUGUAGAUGAACUUAAAAAAAUCACACUUUUGAAAAAUGAGCAGGAAACUUCAAACACAGUAGAGCAAGAACUGCGCAGAGAGGUUGAGGAUCUGAAACUUCGCCUACAGAUGGCUGCUGAUCAUUACAAGGAAAAAUUCAAAGAAUGUCAAAAGCUCCAGAAACAAGUGAAUAAACUUACAGAGCAGAUAAAAAUUGCAGGGAACCAUCAGAAAGUGACAGAUUCCUCAAACAGUGAGACAGCUACUGCCAUCAUUAAAGAGAGAAACUUGCCCACGUCUCCAGUUAGCCCCACUUCAUCUGAUAUAGUUUCGGAGUUCAUGGUAAAGGAGCAAGUGCGUGAAAUGAGCAAAGAAAUUGCUGAGAAAGCAGAGAAGUAUAAGAAAUGCAAGCAAAUGUUGACAGAUGAGAAGAUGAAAUGCAGUGUUUAUGCUGAUGAACUGGCUAAACUGGAACUGAAAUGGAAGGAUCAAAUGAAAAUCAGCGAGAGUAUGAAGCUACAACUAGCUGCAGUGGAAGACCAGUAUAAAGCUCAAUUGGCAGAACAAGAAAGAGAAAUAAAGGAGCUGGCAUCGCAUUUGGAAGUCCUCGCUAGUGAGAAGGAACUUGGAAGGAGACCAGAUAAUCAGGCUGGAAGGAUCACAGAAGGACAGAUUUCUCAGCAGAUGUUGCAUUUUCGCAACCCAUAUUCAGAGGAGAGUGGAUCUCUUCCUGCAGUCCCAAGUAGACUACCAGUACUGCAGUAUGGAAAUCCCUAUGUAACCCAGGAAACAAGAGUUGGAGCAGAUGGUGCUUUUUACCCUGAUGAAAUCCAAAGGCCACCUGUAAGAACAUCUUCCUCUUGGGAACUGGAAAAUAACGUAGUCUGUAGUCAGCCUUCUCGCAACCUUAGUCGUCCUGAUGGUUUGGAAGACCCUGAGGAUAGCAAUGAGGAUGAUGACACUGUACCUUCUGCUCCUGAGCCUCCAAGUCUGCUUUUGCAUGAGCGUGGAACAAGUUUUUGUUUUGAUUCCAGUUUUGAUCUGCACAAGAAGUGUCCACUCUGUGAUGUGAUGUUUCCACCUAACUAUGAUCAGAGCAAGUUUGAACAACAUGUUGAAAGUCACUGGAAAGUGUGCCCCAUGUGCAGUGAGCAGUUUCCUCCGGACUACAAUCAGCAAGGCUUUGAGAGGCACGUGCAAACUCACUUUGAUUCAAAUGUGUUAAAUUUUGAUUAGAGGAGGCAUUUGCGUUUUUCUUUUCUCAACUUAAUUGCAAAAAAGACCUAGGGUGGGCAGUCCAUGUAUAGAACAGGAACAUACAGCUUUCAUAUAACUUAAUGCAGAUUUCUGCUUAAGUGCUAGUAAUGCUCUACUGUGUAAUUGGAUCCCAGGCAUAUCUUUGGCUAUCAACUGUUACUGGUUUAGACUCUCAAUGUAACAUUUUAGAAGGAGAAAAAGCCUUUUAUGUAUCUGUAUUUAUUCCUGUUCAGUGAAAUUUGUAAGGACACAGGGAUAACUUGGUUGUGAUUUAUCCAUAGAAAAAGUAGACCCAAUUUCUUGAUGCUGUACUAUUUUACAGGAUGAACAGAGGUAUCUCUUGACCAUGGUAAUUGGAGCAUGAUUAAACAUUAAAACAUAGAGUAUGUAAUAAACAGAUGUUUCGCAUAGUAA